CACUCUCUCUCUCUCUCUCUCUCUCACACACACACACACACACACUCAGCUCCUCUUUGUCUCACACACUUCUCUUCCCUUUUUUUUCAAUGGAAGAAGCUCACAAGGAACUUCAACUCCUCCCCACCUCACACUCCACACCUUCUUCAUCCAGAAUCCCAUCAUGGCCGUCCGAUUCAUCGCUUAGAUUCCGGUCAUCGACGGGGUCUGAACCAUCACUGGACCUUCAACUGUCCAUAAGUUUAAGGCCAAUUAGGCCUCCCUCAUCAGACUGUGUCAUAGUGAGGCCUAACAUCUGCGACUACACCUCCGGUACUGUAAGACCCGACAUGGGUUGUGUGGAGGCACUGAAAUGGCAAGCUGCAGAGCAAAUUCGACUAGCUGCAAUGGAGAAGGCGUACGCAGAAAGCGUGAGGGAGCUCACUAAGCGCGAAAUGGAGAUGGCACAGUCCGAGUUCGCGCGAGCAAGGCACCUGUGGGAGAGGGCUCGCGACGAGGUGGAGAAGGUGGAGAGAAUGAAGGAGAGAGCAACGCGACAAGUGGAUUCUACAUGCAUGGAGAUCACUUGCCAAUCUUGCAGGCAAACAUUUAGACCUUGAUUAGUGUUCAUGAUCACAUUGAUUAAUUGGAUAUGAUAAUACAACUACUUGCUGAGUUUGUAUAAGUUGGGGUGAGCUAGAUUGGAAUCUUGAUAUAUUUUUUUUAUUUGGCGCGACGAAAUGGGGAAGAAGGAGAGAGAGGACAUGAUCAUGAGGAUAAAGCGGCAUUAAUUGGAGGUUCAAAUAUUGCUUGCGAUUUGUAUGAUGAAUAAUUAACUGAAGGAUUUAUUUGUUACACAGAUCAAAUAAUACAAUUGUUGGUAAGAAUUCAAAAAUAAUUUUUCACAUUUGAAUUGAAUGAAACACUUGUUUCUGUCUA